ACUUCUAUUGGCCCGAAAAUAAGGAUUGCAUUAGUUGAGCUGUUCUGAGAUUCACCGAUGAGAAUAUGGAGCAUUCUGCUUCAUGGAUCCAAACCCUAUCAUUCUCCUUCCUAUUAAUUGCUUCCAUUCAUCUUUUCCACGUCCUGAUAAUAUCCCCAAAACUCACACUCAAUCACCAACAUGUCAGAGUCAAGAAGCUACCGCCGCUUCCCCUGCGAUUCAACUCUGAUGGAAAUUUCAAAAUCCUUCAGGUAGCUGACAUGCAUUUUGGGAAUGGUAUGGGAACUCGAUGCAGAGAUGUGCUGGACAGUGAAUUCGAUUACUGCUCCGAUCUCAACACAACUCAGUUCCUUGAAAAGAUGAUUCAACUCGAGAGGCCUGAUUUCGUUGUUUUUACUGGUAUUCUAUUGUUUACGCAGUCAUAUAGGGUUCAUACGAUUAUGCAUGACUGAUUGGUGAAUUAGAGAGCAUCAUUUCACUUUCAUCAAUUAAGGAAUCUUUAUGUCUUUUAUCCCAGCGUUUGACCACCUGUGGGGGAAGGGCCUGGAACACCUUACUUGUUUAUUGUAAAAAAAAAGUAAAAAUUACAAAAAAUGAGGUCACUCGUAGGCAAGUAGCAGAUGUGAAUGGUUUUCUAAGAUAUCUAAAAAAUCAUAAUGUUAACAAUGGGUAGCAUCGAUGUAAUUGUGCCUUAGGAAAGAAUCUUAGGUCACUCAUAGACGAGUAGAUAAUUAAGGAAAAGAGGUGGUACUCUGGGGAAAUUAGAGAUAGCUAGGUGCAGAAAAUGUCUGUUACUCGUAUGUAUUAUCAAUUUGCUCUUGGCUUUGUGGAAUUCCAAUUUGUUAUCAUUAUAUGGCAUCCAACUACUUCAUGACUUCUUGCAAGAAAGACAGCAAACGUUGAGAAUUCCAAUACUAUCCUGGAAAACACCAACUUCCUGCACCCAGAAAGAAUCAGAGUUCUUUUAUUUUCAGCAUCCAAAAGGCAUUCUAAUUACAAAAAUAUUGUCUUGAAACUUUGAAAGAGACUGUACUUAAUAUCUCUUUCACUUUUAUGUACUUAUUUGAUUAUUUCUUUACUUUUGUUGUUGCUAGGAGAUACCAUAAGUGAUCUUUUAGGUAGCGGAUGAUAAUAGUAGGCAAGUAGCAGAUGUGAAUGGUUUUUCAUUAAAUAAAACUAAUUUGUUCAAAGCUUUGGUAGAUCAUAUUGGAUGUAAAGAUGAAUGAUGUCAUAAUGGCAUUUCUGUUGGUUGUCUAAUAAUUUAUAAUUAUAUCACAUGACAUGUACAUUAUGUUUAGGGAUCACAGUUUUGAAAAUAUGAAAGUCAACGAGAUGUAAUUUGAGCACAUGCAGCUGUUUCUUGAAGAAAAUAUUGGCAAGUAAACUAUACUUAUCUUACUUACUGAUGUUUCCCCUCCACCACUAGAAAUUUGGUACUGUGUACUCUAGUACUUUUUCCAUUCAGUUUGAUAUAACAAGUACUUUUCAUAAGUUCAUACUUUUAAUAAUGGGUUUCCUUCACUUCGUUUUCUCACUGGGUUCAAGUCAACAAUAUAGUCUGUAUUUACAUCAUGUGUUAUGUUGCUUCUUCUAAAUUUCUUUUUAGUAUUUACCAAAGUGGCCAUUCUCUUUUUUUGGCAUAUAGGAGAUAAUAUAUUUGGAAAAAGUGCUACAGAUGCAGCUGAAUCUCUAUUCAGAGCUUUUGCGCCUGUUAUAAACUCUCGUAUUCCAUGGGCUGCAGUUUUAGGGAACCACGAUCAGGAAUCAACAAUGAAUCGUGAAGAACUGAUGUCUUUCAUCUCCCUAAUGGAUUAUUCUCUGUCACAGACUUUUCCUACAGCUAAAUAUGCUUAUGGUGCAGGCAAUCAAGAUUGUCAUCCACAUAUUGAUGGGUUUGGGAAUUAUAAUCUGAGAGUACAGGGUGCUCCAGGCUCAGAGUAUGCAAAUAGCACUGUCCUUAAUCUCAACUUUCUUGACAGUGGGGACAGAGCUGUAGUCCAUGGAAUUCAAACUUAUGGAUGGAUUAAAGAGUCACAGCUUCGUUGGCUUCACGGAAUUUCUAAAGAGUUUCAGGAGCAAAAUCAGGACUCUGGAUCCAAAGCAUCUGAAUUUUCCAAUUCUGCCCCUGCACUGACUUUCUUCCACAUCCCCAUCCCAGAAAUGAAGCAAGGGCCCAUAAAAGGUAUUAUCGGGCAGUACCGGGAACAUGUCGCGUGCUCAUUUGUAAACUCUGGAGUCCUAAAGACGCUCGUCUCCCUGAGAGACGUAAAGGCUGUUUUCAUAGGCCAUGAUCACACAAACGAUUUCUGUGGGAAUCUGGAGGGCAUAUGGUUUUGCUAUGGUGGAGGUUUUGGAUACCAUGGCUAUGGUGCUGCUGGGUGGCCAAGGAGAGCAAGAGUCAUUCUGGCUGAGCUUGGAAAAGGGGACAAGUCGUGGAAUGUGGUUGAGAGAAUCAAGACAUGGAAACGACUCGAUGAUGUGAAGCUCAGCAAGAUUGACGAGCAAAUCCUUUGGCAAAAAUAGUACCAUUUUUGGGGAAAAGAGGUGUUUCCUGUCAUGACCAUAGUGAAAAAAGUUGCAUGCAUGUCCUAUGGGUUUGUAAGUUGUAACUUUAAUGUUUAUGUAUAUCUUAAAAGAGUGUAUUGCUACUAUAACUCGACGUUUGAUCUCUCUUUGUGUUUCUAGAUAAAAUAACAAUUAAAUGAUUGUUUUCCUC